UUGCCACUUCGUUGUUUUUUUGUUGUAUUGAUGAGCUUAUAGUCAACAAAUUUUGGUAAAUUUUCAUUAAAAAGUUUUUAAAGUUGCAAAUACAGUAUUAAAUCCCUAUAUUUUUUCUAAUUAAUUAAGUUGAAAUGUGUGUGAAAACUCAGUGAUAAGAAUAAUUGUAAAAACAAAUUUAAUGGCAAUAAUUUGUACAAUUUUAACUAAAGAAAAUGCAAGACAUUUGUUCAGAUAUACGAACUGCAAUUGAUCAUGGUCGUACCGAUAUUUUACGAUCAUUGCUUGGUGCUUGUGAUAAUCGAACUUUAACUGAAGGCAUUACAAAAGAUGAAAUUUUAAAUCAACCAUUUUUAGAGGAAGGCACGUUUUUAUCAUAUGCUUCAAAGACAAACCAAGUAGAUGUAGUGAGAACUUUAUUAAGUUGUGGAGCAGAUCCUGCAGUGAAAAAUGCACAUGGACGUAAUGCUGUUGAUGUUGCUGCUAGUGAAGUCAUUCGUUUGAUUUAUGUAGAGGAAUUAUUACGUGCUACUGCAGCUUCUGAGACAGAUAGAGUGAUUCAACUACUAUCAGCAGGAAUUGAUGUCAACGCUUGGGAUUCAGAAGGAAGCAAAAAUACUCCACUUCAUUGGGCAGCGUGCUAUGGAAAUAAAGAAAUAGUAGCAUGUCUCAUUGAUCGAGGAGCUGAUAUUAAUGCUGAAAACGGCUGUGGUGCAACACCUCUACAUGAAGCUGUCAAUCGUGGAGAUAUUGCAAUCUGUCAAGAACUUUUAGAUGCUGGCGCCAAUCCUCAUAUUCGUGCAAUUCAUGGUACAUUUGCCGGAAAAAGUCCCUACGAUUUAGCGAAAAAUAAACCAUCUAUUUUCUUAUUAAUGCAACAACAAGCAAUGACAAGCUCAGUAUCAAAGGAAUCAGAAAAAAGUAUUCUAAACAGUCCUUCUGUGACAUCAUAUGCAGAUUUAAACAACUUUAGCCAAAAAAGUUUGUCAACUAAUAUCAGCCAGCUCUCAAUAGAUUCAACAAAAUCAUCUGAUCCAUUAUACGAUUCAACCUUGAGAGAACGCAAUAAUGAAAGCCCAGUGAAAUCAAUUCUAGAUAAAAGUAGCAUUUGGAAUUUGAUAUGGCCUCAACCUAAAAAUAUUUUAGAUUUGAGUAGUUUUUCAUCUCCGUUUAUUGCGGAAAAAGAAAUUUUUAUAUCAAUCAUUAAUAGUGGUGAAUCAAUACAUGAUAUAUUGGAUGUUUGGGAAGUGAGUCGAACAUAUUUACUAGAAUUGGGACACGAUGUUAAAAUUGGUGAAGUUCAGCCGGGUUCUGGACGAUUCAAUAGUGAUAAUAAAAUUGAGUGUAUAGUUAAUCGAAAAUUAUUUAAUAAUAGUGAAGGUUAUCAAUUACACAUAACACAAAAUUGUGUUAAAAUAAGCGCUGGAAGUUUGUCUGGUUUACAUUAUGCCGUGUGUACAUUUAUUCAGAUUUUACGACUUAGUAAAAAUUCAAGUUCUUCAGAACAUACUGAAAUAGAUCCAGUAUUAAUAAAAGAUGAACCACGAUUUACUCAUCGAGGAAUUUUAUUAGAUAUUUCUCCAAGAGGUAGAACACCAACUUUGGAAUAUCUUCUUCAUACAAUCAACAUCUGGUCGUCAUUGAAAAUUUCUCAUCUACACAUUUAUUCUCGACUUACGCCUAGCUGUGACUGGCAACUAUGCUAUUCUCGAUCAGAAAUGAUUACAUUAGACCGUUACUGCAGAGAUCGACACAUAAAUUUAAUUCCUACUUUAGAUGUGGAUUUAAAUGUGAGUCAACGUCAUCUUACCCAAAUGUGGCCUAUUUUUCAGGAAUUAUUGGCAAUAUUUCCCAGUUUAAGUUACGUUCAUGUAGGACCAAGACUAGCUAGUUUAUUAGUGCAACCAGAGAAUUUAGAUUUUAGUACUAAUAGUAUUAACGAAACUGUAGAAACUGAUAUGUCAGAAGUUUUUAAGACUUACACCUGUCUUCAAGAAAUGUGGCAUAUUCUUAAUUUAAAUCCUGAUACAACAUUAUUACUUUGUUCCAAUGGUUUACAUUCCAAGCCAGAAUUUCGAAGUAUUCCAAGUAAUGUUGUUCUCGUUGAAUAUGGGUUUCAAGCGGACUAUGAUUUCUCUGAAUGGACAGAAGUAUUUAAAAUAGCUGGAGGUAAUGUUCUACCUAGCUCUGGCACUGCUAGCUACAAUAGCCUUGCUGGAUGUCCUGCUUCAACGUUAGCUAAUACACGGAAUGCUAUAAAAAUGGCAUUAGAACAAAAUUCAAUUGGAAUUGUCGUAGCACAUUGGUCAGGAAGCCAUCAUUUAACACCACACACCUUUUCUUGGUUAGGUUACUUGAUAGCAGCUGGGUUAGCUUGGAAUCCAUCAACAGAUAUAGAGUUGGGGCCAACAGACAACUACGAAAAUUCUCAUAUAUCCGAUUCAAUCAGACGUCAUCGUUAUUUGACGAAUAUUCUAAACAUACAUGUGUUCCAAGAUUUAGAAUAUAGAAUUGGAGAGACUAUUUUAGAAUUAGGACGAGUCGAUACGAUGAUAUUAACGCUCAGCAAAAAUCAAGAUAUCAAUGACCUUCAACAAAUACCUGAUAAUCGAGGAUCUACACUUUAUAGAUUACUUACGGAUCCUGAUAAUGUCAACUUGGAGUAUCUUUCUGCUGACCUUUUUGCUAAAGUAACAAAACAAAUAAAACGGAUUACUCAUGCUCUUUAUGAAGCAAAUGUGACAGCUAAAUUUGGUUCGAUGGAGAUACAAGAGCUUCAAUUAACAGCUGACUUAAUGAUAACUGCAUGUCGCAUUGGAAGAACACUUAUUGGAGUUGGAGUUAAUCCAAAUAGCAAUAUGGGAUUAGCUGUAAUAAAUCUUGGAAUAUGCAAUUUGCCACCUACAUUUAGAACAGAUAUUGCUAAUAAAAUGCUGGCUCAUAUCGAACAGUAUAAAGGUGCUUGGUUGCAAAGAUAUUUACCUCAAGGUUUACAAAACUCAUUACUAGUCUUAACUAGUGCACUUCAUCGAUUUGUACCAGAAUCAUAAGAAUGAAUUAAGAUUUUUUUAUCAAUACAACUAUUCUUAUUUGCAAUUCUUAAAAAUAAAAAACACUUUCAUUUGUAAGAAAAUUAGAUAAUUCAAGCAACUGAGUGGUUGUUAAAUUUAUUUAUAAAUAUAUAUUAUAUAUUUAACACCAUUACUUU